GGAAAGCCGAGCAAUUACAUAAAGAACCUGUUGCCCACGACCAGUUUGUGACCUCUGAGUAACGUGUGUACAAGACUAAACACGGGUCUGGAAGGAAGAAGCCCCUUCGUCUGUUUUUGCUUCGACUCCCCUCCAGGUUUUUUGCAAUAAACUCUGAAAAAGGCGCGGCGCCGCGCCUUAAGAGCAGGACUCUAAGCGGAGAAGGGGGUCUAAGGUAGGCUUUCGCCUCGCCCCCUGGCGCUCCGGCUAAGCGCAACUCCUCUCUGCUGUUGUAGGCGAGCCUUCUGGAGAAAGCGUGCGAAGAGGGCUGGGCUCUCGGUGCUCUUGGGUGGGUGGGUGUGUACCCCCCCCUCGGAGCAGUGCAGCCCCCUCCCCCCGUGCAUGCAGCUCCCUCCCCCUCGCACCUGACGUCAGCUUUCUGGGCUUCUCCUCCAAGCCCCUCCGAUGCAUUUGGACUCUCAGCUCUGGCACCGGGAACAAUGAGUCGCUGCCGGCUUGCAAGCUUCGCCCGCGCCUGCCUCCUGCUCCUGGCCGGCUGCUGCUGCAGUAGAGGAGGAGCGGAGAGCAAUGUGGCAGUCUAUAUGCCGGAUUUGGUGGAGGCAAAGCUUGGGGAUACAGCCAUUAUCAAAUGUGAGUUCGCCCUCCCAGAGAAUGGCAGCUACGUUUACGUCAACUGGUACUCGAUGGAGAAGGGCAAAAUGGAAAGGAAGAAGAUCAUCUACAUGGUCCAGGGCAAAGAACACCAAGAUGAGCCUCUCAAUGACCGGUUAAGCAUCACACCUGAUUUCUUCCUCAAGAUUAGCAAGGUGGUCCUGCAGGAUGCCAAGAAUUACGUGUGCCAGGUGGGGUUUGGCAUGCACGGCGUCGCUGAGAACCGGAGUGAACUGCGCGUCUCCAAAGCUCCAGAAAAACCUGAGAUUCAGAGGACUAAUCGUGGCAUCAGCACAGGAGACCCUCAUUUGAGUGAGAUUGCAACCUGCACCAGCCGCAAUGGCUAUCCAACACCAACCCUCACAUGGUACAAGAAUGAAGUCCCUCUGAAGUUGGAUGGGAAUGAAAUUGAGAUCCGUCCUGGGCUCAUCAAGGAAUCAAGUGGCCUGUGGACUGUCCGCAGCACCCUUUCGGCAAAAGUCACCAAAGAAGACCGCAGUGCUGAGUUCUACUGCCAAGUCAGUUACAGCCUGAUGGGGAAUAACAAGACAUCCAAGUCGGACAGCUUCAAAGUCGACGUUCAUUACCCCUCUGAGAGUCUCCGCUUCGUGAUUGAUGCUCCAGGCCCGGAUGUGAAGGAGGGAGAUAAUGUAACGCUGCGCUGCGAAGCGGAUGGGAAUCCGCCACCACUGUAUACUUUGUACAGAAUGGAGGAGAAGGAAGUCCUUGAACAGGAUUCUGAACAGGGGUUCCUGCACCUUUACAACAUCACCAAGGAGCGCAGCGGGGCCUACCAGUGCAAAGUGCUUGACCUGCAGGACGUUAUGCCUGAGGAGCUGACUGCCAACGUGACUCUGCUGGUGAACUAUCUUGAUGAGCCUGCAAUAACCUCUGUGCCUCCAGUGACCUCGCUCAGACAGCUGCAGGAAGGAGAGGAUGCACUGCUUACCUGUAAUGCAACAGGCUCCAAGCCCUUGGUAUUCCACUGGGAAAAGAAAGGGAAGGUGAUUGAGAAGGGGAAUCUUCUGAACUUGACCAACGUCAGCUACAACACCUCAGGCAAAUACACCUGUGUUGUACAGAUGCCGAUGCCAGACACCCCUGCCAUCUCCCGCUCCAAACUGGUUCAAGUCACCGUCCAUGCAAAACCAGUGCUAGUUGCACGGAAGGAAGUGGUGCAUGUGCGAUCAGGCGAGAUGGUGAACUUAACAUGCGUCGGGUACUCGAUAAGCACCUUGCAAAUCUCAUGGAGUGUCAAUGGAUCGGUCUCUACUUCAGGCCUGCCGGGGGGUCAUCAGCGCACCAGCACAGUCCUGUUCCAAGUCACCGAAGCCCUUCUAGAAUCGGGAGUCAAUUGCAGCGCCAAAAACAAGAUGGGCAUCACUCAGCACCACUUCAUGUUGGCACAGAGGCAAGAAGGAGGAACUCCCCAUGCCAAGACUGAGCAGACAGCACAGGAGAGCAAAGGUGUAAUCAUUGUGGCCGUCGUCAUCUGCAUCCUGGCCAUUGCUGUCCUGGGUGCCGUCCUUUACUUCCUGCACAAGAAAGGGAAGCUCACCUGUGGCCGCUCAGGGAAACAAGAGAUCACAAAGCCCGAAGCGCAUAAAGACGAGAUUGUAGUUGAAGUUAAGUCAGAUAAACUUCCUGAAGAGGCGGGGCUCCUGCAGGGCGCCAACGGCGAGAAGAAAUCGGCCAGUGACCAGGGAGAGAAAUACAUCGAUUUGAGGAACUGAGGAGGCAGAGAGAGACAGCUGUGCCCCUUCGAAGAUUUCUCCCGUUCCUUCUCGAUGCCUCCACCCCUCUUGCUCCCCUGGCCAGAGUCUUUCAGGCGCACAGCAGCAGCAAAUAAGGCACAAGAUGGCUCCACAGCAAAUACUUUGCAACCUCACCCUCAGGUUUUUGAAGGACAAAGGCAGCUGAAGCAGAUCAGUUUUCAGACCAAAAAGGGGGGAGUUUUAGUUUAAAAUUUACUCCCUUUAGAGUAUCCACGUUAAGGAGGGGGUUUUGAGCGGGGGCAGGUAGAGGAACAUAUACUCUACCAUAAUUGUAUGGGGCUUCAGUCUGUUUGUAAAAGAAAAAAUACUUUAUAACAGCCAAGCACUUGCUGAGCUGAAUUGGUUGGAGUUUUGUUUUUGGUUUUUUUAAUUGAGACUUGGUAAAUUGGAGAAGAAAACUUUAAAAUCUUACCAUAUAGACAGGAUUGGAGUAUGGCGAGUGUGUGAUGGAUUUGGUUCCAUCCGGCAUGUAGAAUACUUGUGGAAAGCCAGAGGCGCCUCAGCUGUUCCUUGAACUGUUGCUGUUCUUCGCAGCAAGGUGCUGAAGGAAUCAGCUGCGCUUCAGAAGCCCUGGCCCUCAAAACGGCAGAGGGUGGGGUGGGAAUGGAGGUAAGAAGUCUUAAGGACACUCACUAGGGAUUCAGUUUCACUGAAGUCAGUGCUGCUUACUUCCAGUUUAAUAUAAAGGAUAACUGUAGAGAGGAGGUUCUCUCUGCACAUCAGAUGUUAUGAUAGGAAUAAAGUCUCUCUUUUUUGUAAAAAAACAAACACUGUAUAGUCACACUUUUUUUUACCCGAGAACGUAGGUUUUUGUCCCUUCAUCAUCCCCCCCCCCAGAUCCCUUCUGCAGAGCUUCUGGCUUACCUUGCUGCAGGUGACACGCUUGCCAGUCUUUGGAAGUCCUGCCUCUACUUAGGACACAGGAGGAGAAACAAGGCACUAAAAUAGGGUGUUAAGCACAUGAGGUAGUUUUCUACAAUUAUUUUGGGUUUUAUUUCAGUGUAGCACCAAGGAAGCUGCUCUGUUACCACAAGGAUUUAUGCUUCCUCCCUGGUGGUCCAAGACCCCCCCCCAAUCUGUUUUCUCAACCCUCCAGAGCAGGGCAGAUGAGGGGGGAAGUCCCACUGUGCAAGUGUAAAUUCUUGUGCUAACAGAUUGAGUGCAUUGGAAUUCAUCUUGAAUUGCUCUGCUCUGAUAGCAGUGGAAAUUGGAGUUCUUGGAAAAAUCAAAAAUUAAAUGAUAAAUGACAAGAACUCAGGCCAAAAAGGAUAGUUUCAAAAGGGAUAAUUUCAAAAAGUCUUCACACAGUUUUAUUCAGGAUAAAUUCCAGUAGGCAUCAACAUCAGGACAAGGCCCUGUUUCGAUUAUUCUUCAUCAGCUGGAAUGUACAAGUUAACAUAAAUCUUAGAAUAGUUCUCCUAGUAAUGAAAAAUCAUUAAACUCUCUAAACAUAAGGUUUUAACAAAUAAAAAGGACAGAGACUAUAUUCAAAUAAACAUUACUGAUAUAUCUGUGAGUGUCCAACCUAACAUCAAACUUAUACUCUGCUUUCUAAAUAAGGAUUUAAAUUGCUUAUAACGUACAACAAGCUUGUCUAUACUUAAAUAAUAGAUCCUCUUACAAAAUAUAAUAAUCCUUAUUACAGGAAUACUUGUAGUUUUCUACAAACAGAGUUAUAAUCCUUAUAAUAAACGAAGGUAGCUUACCGAGGUUUCUCAGGUCUAAGUGUACCAAGUAUGUUUGCCUUGCUAACCCAAAUUGUUUGCAGCACUUAAGUGAUAGAGGAAACGAGGUUACAGCAGAAUUAAAGAGAUAGUAUUACAUUUAGGCGUACUCAAAGUGUUAAGACAAUUUAAAACCUUAUGUUAAAACCUUAUGUUUAGAGAGUUUAAUGAUUUUUCAUUACUAGGAGAACUAUUCUAAGAUUUAUGUUAACUUGUACAUUCCAGCUGAUGAAGAAUAAUCGAAACAGGGCCUUGUCCUGAUGUUGAUGCCUACUGGAAUUUAUCCUGAAUAAAACUGUGUGAAGACUUUUUGAAAUUAUCCUUUUUGAAACUGCUCUGAUAGCAGCAGCAGGUGACACACAAAGAAUGUGAAGGAAGCUGGUGCCUGUCCCAAAACGAUAUGGUCAUGCAGCCUUUAAAGCAGGUGCUGAUGACAACUCUCUUCGUCCUUAAACAUGCCAGGAAGUGUUAUAGGAUGCUGAACUUCACCAUGCUGGCCCAGUGCCUAAGAAACGCUUUCUGCUUCUCUGUCCACACCCCAGAAUUCUAAAUGGACACCAGACAGAAAUACUGUAGCUAGCUGCUUCCAUACAGAAUUAUUUCCUGCAAAGUUCGGUUUUCCAUUCCCCCCAAAGCCUCUCAGAAGUGAACAGCUUUUCAACACAAACUGGGUAAAACAGUUAAGGUUUUGCUUUAGACACGCUUUGUUUUCUGAGUGGUUAAAAAGGUGCAAACUCAUCAACCAAAAACAGGGGGGUGGGGCGCUUUCCGUGUAAGCUAUAAAAUUAGCAAACAAACAAAAAUGCUUUUGUUAUAUAUUUUUGUUGAUGUGUGUAAAUUUAAGAGUGUCUGAGUUGCAGGGUUUAUAUAUAUAUAUAUAUAUAUG